AUGUACACCAAACCUCUCGAGCGUUCCAGUAGUGGAACCACUGAUACUUCAACCGCUUCUUACCGCGCGAUGGAAAAAGUUAUCUCUAAUAAUCGUUCUUGCGGAUGGCUCAUCAUCCGUGUAAUCCAGAUCAUUACUUGUGUUCUAGUGCUUGCACUCUCAAUAUUUAUUUUAACUUCGACAUUGACUGAGGAUCAUAUAUGGCGAGGAUUUGAGGGGGAUACCGAGGUGGUUGUGUUGGGGAAUGCGACGAUGGAAACUAUGCAGAAUUUCUUUCCGUUAUAUAUUAUUCUUGGUGUGUCGGGGCUGUCAUUCUUGUCAUGCUUCAUAUCCCUUAUUACGUAUUGCUGCCACAGACUCAGUAUUAAGCUGGUCGUCUUUUGGGACUUCCUCAUGGCGACAGGCUGGAUAAUUGGCUCUGCGUUUGUUGGAACGUUUAUCAACUCCCAAGGCGGUUGGGGAGAGAAGUACUGGCUGAUUACCCUCUACAAAGUCAACCUUGUCCUUAGCAUCCUCUCCAUCAUCCAAUUCAUUAUCUCGGCCGUCCUCGGGAUUCGUCUUCACAACGCUUCAAAGCGGAGGGCAAACUCAACCUACUAUGGCCCCAUGCGCACCCCGGCUCCACCCUACACCUCAGCGCAGGAGAACGGAAGUGCGACUCCAGUUAUAGGCAGGCCGUACCAAAGUUAUAGUAACUUCCUGACGGUCCCCCCGCCAGAGCCCCCAUUGCAACCACCGGUAUAUAGGCCAUCGGGGGAAUGGGAGGCGGUCUUACUCGAUGGGAAAGACGCGCCAAGUUCCAGAUAA